AGUCCUCUGGCGGCAGCCAUCAGGUGAGCCAGGAUGGGUGCAUACAAAUACAUCCAGGAGCUAUGGAGGAAGAAGCAGUCGGACGUGAUGCGCUUUCUCCUGAGGGUCCGCUGCUGGCAGUACCGCCAGCUGUCUGCGCUGCACAGGGCUCCCCGCCCUACUCGGCCUGAUAAGGCGCGAAGGCUGGGAUACAAAGCCAAGCAAGGUUAUGUUAUUUACAGGAUUCGUGUCCGCCGUGGUGGCCGCAAACGCCCAGUUCCUAAGGGUGCAACUUAUGGCAAGCCUGUCCACCAUGGUGUUAACCAGCUAAAAUUUGCCCGAAGCCUUCAAUCUGUUGCUGAGGAGAGAGCUGGACGCCACUGUGGGGCUUUGAGAGUCCUGAAUUCUUACUGGGUUGGUGAAGAUUCCACAUACAAAUUUUUUGAGGUUAUCCUCAUUGAUCCAUUCCAUAAAGCUAUCAGAAGAAAUCCUGACACCCAGUGGAUCACCAAACCAGUCCACAAACACAGAGAGAUGCGUGGGCUGACAUCUGCUGGCCGCAAGAGCCGUGGCCUUGGAAAGGGCCACAAGUUCCACCACACUAUUGGUGGCUCUCGCUGUGCAGCCUGGAGAAGGCGCAACACUCUCCAGCUCCACCGUUACCGCUAAUACACGUAAUGUUUGUAAAAUUCAUACCCAAUAAACAAUUUAGGACAGUCAAAAAAAAAAAAAAAAGAA